CUUACCUUACUGUUGAGUGUUGACAGUUUUUAGCCAUCAUGGCUGUAACCGCGGAAAGUUUUCGCUGGUUAGAUAUUUUAGAAAAAGAGUUCGACAAAGCUUUUGUUGAUUUGGAUCUUUUAAUUGGUGAUCUAGAUAGUGAUGAACCGGAAAUGGUGUAUAAUGCAAGACAGAAAAUGGCUACGUUGAGUUCUUGCUUUGCUCAACUUACCCAUAAGGCACAGACGAUCUUCCAAAAUAAUGCGAAGAAUGAGGCAGAGUUGGUGAACAUGAGAGCAGAGCUAGUCGAGACCAAGACCCGCAGUCAGUGUUUGGAGGAGGAGCUGCACGCAGUGUUGGUACAACUACACACUACGCAGCUGCAGCACAUCAACAACACAGACGAUGGUGCGGCCAUCAAGAACAAGCUGCAGCAAGGCCUGGUUCUGCGGUCGCCCACACAUAAAGCUUCCUUGUCAGGUAUCAAGCUGGAUGCCCUGGUGAUGUCGCUGGAGAACUGGAAGUGUCAGCUGGAGCUGGAGAAUGACAGUUUGCGUCACACACUCGUGAGUCUCCAGGCAGAAGUGUGCGGGGCCAGGCUGGCGGCCAGGUAUCUGGACAAGGAGUUGGCUGGCAGGAUCCAACAGCUCCAACUGCUCGGCCGGUCUGACAUGACGGGCGACGUACGCAACCGACUGUGGAGUCAGCUGGAGUCGGAGAUCCUACUGCAGAGGCACAAAACUGUGAUGAGAGCCGUGAGACAAACCGACCAUCGGACACCACCUGCGGCCAAGCUCGGCAAUGUUAGGACGAUAGAGCUGCAUCGACGGCCCGACCAGGGGCUGGGGAUAUCCAUUACAGGAGGGAGGGAACACGGAGUGCCUAUCCUUAUAUCUGAGUUGGAGCCAGGAGGUGACACACAGGACUUGUAUGUCGGAGACUCGGUGUUGAGUGUCAACGGGAUCGAUCUCACCCAGGCCAGUCAUAAGGAAGCAGUCAGCCUACUUAGUAGCCAAACAGGGAAUGUUACCUUAAGGGUGCAAUAUUUGUCUGCUGGCAAUGAUGACAGUGAAGAAGACGCUGACCUAUCCAACCUCAGGUAUAGGUUUUUUGAAGACCUUCCUGAAGGGAUGGUUUACAGAAUGAAUGGAUUUGCGGAAUCAGACAAGAAAGGCGGGGAAAUGCUGGUAACUCCCACUGCCCCUCGAACCCCUGACUCCUCAGUUAGAGGGGAGUCGGAAUGUAGCUAUUCCAGUAGCCCUACUUUAGAAGGUCACCCCUCUACUAUGGACAACAAAGUCUCGACGCCUCCCACAGUCAACCCGACCCCUCACCUCAGUCCUCGGAACUUCGGGGUGACCACACUGCAGAAGAUCUUCCGCUCACUAACCCCCAGUGGAGUGUGGGCAGAGGGAGUUGAGGACAAGGUUAUCAGUGUUAGUGAAAAAACAGACAGUGACAGUGAUGCAGUGCAAGACUUGACAGUUCAACCGGUCGCAGAGUCAGCCGUUGAGCAGAAACCGGAACUCGACUCUCCGAAGAUUCAUACGACGAGGCGAACGAGGGACACGAGUCAGCUGUACCACCCACAGACAGAGUCGACCAUCUUGGUGGACGGCCUGGGAGACGCUAGCUUCGGCACUCCGGUAUAGGACGGCUAACUGGGAACUAAAACUCUCUUUGUGUUUGCGUUUGAAUAGUCUAAUUUAAAUUUAAUCAAACUGCAGCACUAUAUACCUACUUAAAAUUAAUAGUACGUUGUUAGCAGUUACAAUUAUAACAAAAGGGGUGUCUCAUUUUUUUUUUUUCAUUAUAGUAGUAGAAUGAUUUUAAGAUAGUGUUUGGGUGUGAUGCUAGUCUAGUGGUUAGCGUCUCGGACUUCGGGGCG